GUUAAAUGAUAAACAAUUAUGAAAUCGCACGCAGAAAAAGUUUCUUCCGCAUCGAAAGUUCCGUUUGAUUCUUUUUCAAGCGACGGCAGCAAAUUUGAAGCUACGCAGAUACUCUUAGUUCCGUCAGUCUCGGCACGGGCGAUAAAAACUGACAUUUAUAUAUAUUAAUAAAAAUCAUGUAGCUGCUCGCCUUUUUACACGGAGAGAAAGAGAGCCGGACCGAUUUUGGUUCGGGUGGGGCGGUCUGCUCCUGGGGAAAGGCUUUCUUUCCAGAGCAAAAGGAUGGCCGGACGGCCGGCUCUGCACAGUCACACCGACCUGACCACCAUGCGCGUUGCUCCUCCGCUUGUGGCGCUCUUCCUGGCGUCUGUGGCGCUCGCCUCGCCGCCCGCGCCUCAACACCACAUCUUUGGCCGGGGGCCGCCGCUCAGGGCUCCGAAGGUGAUCAGACACCUCGUCCUGCCACCAAAGUACAACAAACAACCACACUUUGUGCCCGCUGCCUCAAGACACGUGCUGAAGCGGCACCACUUUCCGUCAUCAAGCGCUCCUUUCGGCAAAGGAUGUUCCGAUUGCGCCAAACAAGGCGCUUGGAAGCCGAUCAUUCCGCCAGUGAAUGUGCACAAGUCCAUCUCGCCUGUGCUGGACCAUCAGCCGCUUCUACAGCAUCACCCUGUCCACAUCGAAAGUCACCCGGCUCAUUUCCACAUCCAAAUCGAAAGAUUCCCUGGCUCUGAAGAAUCCAUUCCUUCCGCUAACGUACAAUUCAACUCUGCGCCCUGGGGUGGACAUGACGCGUUUGGAUCGUCCGAGUCUGGUGGCAGUUCAGGAGGGGCUUCAGGUUCUGGGGAGUCAUCAUCACACGAAAAUGACGAUGGCCAAUUUUUCAAAGCUGGUCCUCCAGUCCAGCUUCAGCUGAACAAUCACGCCGACGAGCCGCCGACACAGCUCAAGGGCUCUAAAGACUACGCGGUGCACGAGCAGGUGGACGAGCCGCCAGCGCCGCCCCGCAGGACGCCGAAAGGUGGCAUUCAACUGCUGCCAAAUCUCAUCCCCUCGCCCCCGCCUGCCAGCAGCCAGCCACUCCAGCCCCCCGCGCCGGCCUUUAAGAACAGCUUUUUCCGAAGAAGGCGGCAGCCCAAGCAGCAGCACCCCAACGUGCAAAUUAUUCCCUCGAGAAACGUGCGUGUUAUCCACUUGAAGGCGUGAAGUUGUAUUUAUAUAUGUUUAGCAAGAGUCUAAUUUAAGUUUGCUGAUAAUAUUAUUCUGAAUAAGAAAUAAGAAGUUCUGAGAGGUAGUCAAAAUAAAUAAUGUCUUUAAAUAAUUUAAUAAACAAAAAUUGAAUAUCUUUCAGGGCGCUGGAAAACAUUGCUAAUUCAACGGUACAAAAAUUUCAAAUGGCAUGAUCCGCCUAAGUAAUUGUUUAUGUGGAUGAUUAUUUUUUGCGGGAACUAUGACCGCAGGAUGAGUAUUACUACUGGGAAAACACACGAAUGACUCAUAAUAAAUUAAGCCCUUUGUUGACAUUUAUUUUGGGCGUUGCAUUUCCAGCAAAGGCUGGCCGUGAAUAUUGCACCUUUUCACGGAACUAGUUUCUGACUCAUUUAGAUGAUUGCACAUAGCGCUCGCGACGGUUCGUUCACAGCUUGAAAGUAAUUAAUUAAUUGUAGACGCGCUACUCUCCGUUUCGCUGGAACGGGUUUCGAAAUCGCAAACUCCGCCUCUACUGCAAGCUUGCAGGAAUCGGAAAUGAAUCUCUUACUCAUGAGCCUUAAUAGUGACCGUUACAAAGCUAGCAGAAACGCGUUUCUUCGUCUACAGAUGCGAAGUCUCUUUGAAAUAGCUCAAAUGCGUAGAAAACAUUGUCAUAAAGGUUAGAAUCUCUUCCAGGAAAUCGUGCUGUGCUUCACAGAAAUGUCACAAUUGGGCAAAAACAGUUCAUUCGUCGCAAAUUAUUGUUCGUGCCUGUAAACCUGUUCACUUUUACUUAAUGCUGUGUAAUUUAUAAAUAAACGUCACUGAAUUAAAUGUGCAAAAAUA